UUCCACACAGGGCCUUUUGGCCGUUUUCUUUCAGCGCCGGGCCGCGAUCGCGGCCGCUGUAUGACGCGAUGGCAAGACAGGCCGCACUAGCCGCCUGCUUGGUGCUGCUCGGGCUGAAGUGCUGGUCCUUCGCCAGCUGGCAGCUUCUGAGACCAGUGCUCUGCAACCGAGGCGACGCCAGAUUGCGCGCGGCAGACGAGAAAGGCGAUGCCACGCCGGCGGUGUGGAGCCCGGGCCCAGCCAAGCUGGCCACCCGCCCCGCCAAGCGCGCCAUGAAGCAUCUGCAGUACGACCCCUUGCUGGUGCUCUUUGACCAGACAGUGAAGGAGGAGUUCAAGCAUCUCUCCUCCCAGAGGGCGAAAAGCGAAGCACGCGCCCGCAGUAGUCCGCCCGGCGCCAUCGGCGAAGCCUUCGGCCUGGCGACGCUGCGCAACCGGAUCUCCGAGAUCAAGCGGAAAGAGAGGUUAAAGACCGCCUCGGAGCUGAUGUACCUCAUGGUCGCCAGUAUGUUCAAGUACCUGGAGGUGCCAUUCAUCCCUGCGCUGAAAUCCGGCGGCCUUGUCAGGUUAGACAUGGAUGGCGAACAGCUGCGGGGCUUGACGGAGAUUUAUUCCAUGGAGGCGUUAGAGCUGGUCCGGGACCACCUCUUCAACAUCGUGAAAGAGGAGGCCCGAACUCCGGCGCCGGCCUUGCGCAUCGCGCUGUACCAAGCGGGCCAGGUCUAUGCAAUGUCUGCGCUCUUCGGGUACUAUCUGCGGCGAGCCGAUGUGAGAUACCAGCUCGACAAGUUGGUGUCCUAUGAUGUACAGGAGGAGCCAGACCCAGACGAGUCGGGGCGGAAGCGGCACCGGCGCCCGGUGCCGCGGUGGAUGGAGCUCGCGUGGGCGCAGAGUGAGACUCGUGGCGACAUGUCCCUGAAGGACUACAUCCAGAACUUCGGCCCGGAGGAGCUGCGACAGAUCAGGAGCCUGGCCUCUGCAGAAGCCCAGGCGGUGAUGGAGUUGCAGGUCUCUGGUCUUUUCGGGAACCUGCGGGUCCUGAAGAGUCGAUUGCUGGAAGCCCUCGAGGGGGCGGAGAACGAGCAGGAGGCCACAGAGAGGCUACAGCAGGCGCUGGCGGAGGGCAAAGUGAAGUCGAUUUCCAUCAGCUACGACAACCUGCGGCGCCUCAUUCUGGAGGCUGUGGCCUUUGGGUCUGCCCUCUUCGAUGCAGAGCGCGAAGUGGAUAGCUUCUACGAGCUCACCCCAACAGAUCGAAGGGACUUGGACUUGUGACCGCCGCGAGAUCCGUGCCUACCCGGCCUUCUCGAGAAUGCCUUGGAAGGUUACCUGACACAUGCCUGCUCAUACC